AUGCGCGGCGAUCUGGAGCGCAUCGCGACGCUGGGCGAGCGCAGCGGUGGCGCCGGCGCCGCCGCCGCCGGCGACGCGUCGCUGCGGCUCGCGCUCGCAGCUGCGCUGCAGGGCGGGGGCGCGGGCGGCGGCGCGGGCUUCGACGCCGCCACAGGCACCAAGACCGUUGCGCGGCUGUUGGCUGGGCUCGACGCGGCGGGCGUCGAGUCAUAUGUUGACCGGCUGAUCGCGGCGUUCAAAUCGCCGCCGCCGACAGACGGCGCCGGCGCGGCCGGCGACGGCAGCAGUGAUGAGGAGGACGAGGAGGAGGAGGGCGGCGGCGGCGCCGCGCGGCGGCAGGCGGCCGCGGAGGCGGGCGCCGAGGCGGCGCGGGGGCGGGCGGUCGAGCAGCUGUGCGCUGCGCUGCGGUUCCCCGCGGCGUCAGACGAGCUGGUGGCGCGCGGGGUGCCGCCGCCGCCCGCGGGCGCGCCCGAGGGCGGGGUCCCGAAGAAGGAGCGCGCGGCGGCCGCGGCCGCCGCCGCGGCCGCUGCGCACGAGGCGGCGCGCGCGCGGCAGGAGUCGCUGCUUUCGGGCGUCCUCUCGCUGCUCGACGCCGCCCGCGAAAUUCACGGCGCGAAGUUUGCGCGCUCGCUCGACCCCGUCGCAGAGGCGUCCCUGUCCGGCCUUGCUUCCCUCUGCGGAGCCCUCGAGCCGCUCGCCGCCGCGGCCGCGACCGCAGCCGGCGACGCCGCCGCGGCGCGCGGGCGCGCGCGCGCGCUGCUGCAGCUCGCGCGGCUGCUGCGGCUGCAGCUGCUCGCGGACCCUGGGGCGUUCGACGCGCGGCUGGUGCCGGACCUGCAGCGCGUCGCCCUCGAGGGCUGCGGCGCGGCGGCGCUGGCCGAAGAAGUCGCCGCCGCCUCCGCCUCUGUCCGCGGCGGCGGCGAUGAGGAUGACGAUGAUGGUGGCGCGUCGGGGGACGAGGACGGGAAUGAGGGGCAGGCGGCGGCGGCGGCGCCGCCGCACUGGGCGGACUUGCUGCUUGAUGUGCUGCUCGCGCUGCUGAGCGCGCCCGGCGGUGGCGGCGGCGGCGGCGGUGCUGUGGGGCUGCCGGGGGCGCCGCUGAGGGAGGCGGCGGAGGGGCUGUUCAGGGCGAGCGCCGACCAGCUGACGGCUGCUGGUCUGCAGGACCUGCUGCGCGUGCUGUGCCAGCGCCCCGAUGAGGCCGGGCUCCUGCAGGAGGGCGACGAGGACGAGUCCGAGGUCGAGCAGUCCGAGGAUGAGGGGUCCGAGGAUGAUGAGCAGUCCGAGGGCGCCUCGGGCGACGACAGCGGGUCUGAGGAGGCGGAGGCCUGGGGGAGUAUGUGA